CCUUCCGUGCUGCUGCGUUGCUCAUCGCACAUUUUGAGCAGUCGUCGUUCAGGAGGCGAACAGUGAGGAAUCAGGACUCGUGAUCGGAUUGGAUUUGAUUGAAUUUGCUUUGGAGUGUUGCCUUUUUUUGUUCGAGGCGCAUUUGGUCAGGGAGUCGCGAUUGUUGGAUUUGAAUUGCUGACGGAAAACGAGCUCCGCGGUCAACACAAUGAGACGGCAAGUACUGUUGUUCUUCUCGGCUCUGUGCCUUCGCUGCGUGCUCGGCCAGGUCAGCUAUUCCAUCCCUGAAGAAAUGUCCGAAGGCUCUGCGGUUGGGAACGUCGUGCACGAUUUAGGUUUGGAGCUCAAGAGGCUAAAAUCCGGCAAGGCUCGUGUGUACACCGGCCGCAGUGUGGAGUACGUCGGCAUGAAUAAAGAAAGAGGAGUCCUGGUUGUCCGGGAGCGGAUAGACCGGGAGGCUUUGUGCGGCGAGACCUCGCCGUGCGCUUUGCAUUUCCAGAUCAUUCUGGAAAACCCAAUGGAGCUGUUCCGCGUCACGGUGGAGAUUACUGAUAUCAACGACAACGCGCCCAGUUUUGCCAACGCUGAAAAACGCUUUGAAAUUAGCGAGUCGACCGUCAUCGGGUCCAAAUUUAUAUUAGAGAAAGCGAUCGAUUUGGACAUAGGGACGAAUGGCUUGCAGCAAUACACACUCACUCCUGCUGAUAACUUUGCAUUAAAAUUCGAGAAUGAGGCAGAUGGAAGUAAAAAGGUGGAAAUGGUGCUGCAGAAACCUCUCGAUCGCGAAAAGCAGGAUUAUAUCAGGCUUUUAUUAACUGCUAUGGAUGGAGGCGAGCCGCAGCUGUCGGGCACGAUGCAGAUAUUUGUUAAUGUGUUAGAUGCGAAUGACAACGCGCCCACGUUCGCAACACGUAUUUAUAGAGCCAAAAUACCCGAAAACGCACCCAAGGGCACCAGCGUGACGACCGUGAGUGCUUCUGAUAGAGACAUCGGCGCGAAUGGUGACCUAUCAUACCUGAUAUCGCCCAGCAAACGCCUUCUGUCUGAUAUUUUUCACAUUAACCCGCAAAGUGGUGUCAUCACCCUGGCAGGUGAGCUCGAUUUUGAAAAGGCCACUUCCUAUCAAAUGGAUGUGGAGGUGGUCGACAAGGGAGGCCUGUCUGAUUCCACAAAGGUGGUGGUUGACGUCAUCGAUAUGAACGACAAUCGCCCUCACAUUAAUGUCGUUUCCAAAUCAGACCGCAUAAUAGAAGACUCGCCUCCUAAUACCGUUAUUGCGAUGUUAAGUGUGAGUGAUCCGGAUUCGGAGAAUAACGGAAAAGUGGAGUGCGUUAAAGACGAUAACACGCCCUUUAAAAUACAAACGUCUUUGAAUGGAUUUUAUAGUUUAGUGACAGACGGGGACUUGGACCGAGAGCGGUCGGCCGAGUACAACAUCAGCGUGACGUGCUGUGACGAGGGCGUGGCCUCCCUCUCCAGCAGCGUCACUCUCACCUUGCGCAUCUCGGACGUCAACGACAACGCGCCCGUCUUCGAGAGGAGCUCGUACGAGGCCUCCGUUGUGGAAAACAACACGCCGGGUCUCUCCGUCGUCACGCUGAGAGCCAGAGACGCGGACUGGGGCCGGAACGCUCGCGUUUCCUACAUCCUGGAGGACUCCUCCGUGAACGGAGUGCCGGCCUCCUCGUUCGUGUCCGUGAACGCCCAAAGCGGCGUCGUCAGCGCCGUGCGCUCCUUCGACUACGAGCGGAUGAAGCGGCUGGACUUUGCGGUGCGAGCGCAGGACGGAGGCUCCCCUCCUCUCUGCGGCAACGUGAGCGUGGGCAUCCUGAUCCGGGACCAGAACGACAACGCCCCUCAGGUCCUGUACCCGGUCCCGCCGCACGCCGAAACGGUGCCUCGUUCGGCAGACGCGGGCUAUCUGGUGACUAAAGUGGUGGCCGUGGACGUGGACUCCGGACAGAACGCCUGGCUCUCCUAUAAAGUGCAGCACAAAUUUGCCACAGACAGGGGGGCGCUGUUUGAAGUGGGCCUCCACAAUGGAGAAAUGCGAACUGUCCGCCGAGUGACCGAUAAAGACGCCGUCAAACAAAGACUGACCGUCGUCGUGGAGGACAACGGGCGGCCCUCUCGUUCGGCCACGGUGGCGGUGAACGUGGCGCUGGCGGACGGCUUCCCCGAAGUGCCGAGGUCGGAGUUCGCCGACGACUUUAGCGAGGACGACGACGACCGGCUGACUUUUUACUUGGUCUCGGCUCUGGCUGCGGUCUCCUUCCUCUUCGUCGCCUGCUCGCUGCUUAUCGUAUCGCUCAAGGUGUACAGGUGGAGACGGUCUCGCGUCUUGUACCGCUCCGACCUCCCCGUCAUUCCGUACUAUCCGCCGCGCUACUGCGACACGUUGGGGACGGCGGGGACGCUCCCGCACGUCUACAGUUACGAGGCGUGCGCCACCGCCGGCUCGGCAAAAAGCGACUGUAAACUGGACAGAGCUGCCGGUCGCAACGUGCUGCUCGUGGACCCAAGUUCUACAGGCACCGUGCACAAGUUGCGCAGGGAAGAGAACAUCCUGGACGAACUUGACUCUCCACUAGAGGUUAGUUUAACAUACUUUUAAUACUGCGCGCUUUGUUACCUUUUGCAUUAGAAGAUUACAUCUCAUGUUUCAAAGCAUCUUGUUACCUUCACGAAGCAGGAAGGCACAAAGGCAAGAGGUAUGGUUCUGGUUUUUGUCUUUUGAUUCCUGACAAACAUCAUGCACAUGCCUGUAGUUUCAGGACCAAGGACAGCUUUUCGAUCACUCAUUUAUUUCUUCUCCAUUUGAGCCCGUGUGUUCAUAUAGGAUGGAAGUAAAUCCUUGUUCUGUGCUGCAAACUGUGGCAACGUUUUGAUAUUGUUUUAAAGUAUUCAUGUUGUUUUCUCCGUUCCCGCGGUCUCUGCCGGGCUGGAUGGUUUUCAAUGAAAUAUCAUCUCAUUGGCUGCUGAAAGUGGGAGGUGUGAUCAUUUUGAUUGUUCUUUUCAAGCUGCUUGGACGUGCAGUAACUCUUCGGGGGUUUGGAGAGGCUGAGGUUUUCUUUUGUCCUUCAAUGUGACUCUUAAAAUCAGAUGCUCUUCUACGGUCGUGGAUAUAUUAGUCUUGAAAACUUUGCAGUUUGGUAGGAAGUGUUGACUUAAAACAUGACAACUCUUGUUUUGUUUUGGAUUAUGUUUAAAUGGGUUUCGUGGUCAGCUAUUGAAAGAAAAUCCCCCGAACGUUAAUUUGCUGAGUAAAAAAUCCUUCUGGAGGUUGUGGAUGUCGUGCACUCGGGAAGGUUAACGUGUCGUCUUGUUAUUUGGCGGACAGUAAACCACUGAUUGUCGGAAAUUGUGGCCCACCCACAUAUCUCUUGAAACAAGCAUGGACAGUCGCUUUCAAUUUGACAUUUGCCGCUUUGCCAUUUUCGUGUUUGUCAAGUGACUGCGUUUUAAAAUGAUGCGAUUGAAAGUGAUUGAAAAGGAGCAUGUCCAUUUGGACAUCGUGUACCUGGGCGAUGACACUCAAAAUAAAUAUAAAUAUUAUUGGGGGGGGCAAAACGCAAACAUGUCAAGAUGGGUUGAAAAGACGUGAUUGUCGACAUGACUCGACAGAAGCGAGUCGUUGCAAGUUGAACAGUGGAAACUUCGCUGCCUUCAACACAACUUGGCCAAGUGAAUGCGACGUAUGAAAAUCAAACUUCAAUUCGGCUCUUGAAACAAAAAUAAGUGGAAAAGUGUUCGGCCCUUUUGACUUACGUGUGCGCAGAGGCGGCAAAAACGGGGGUGCCUGGGGGGCACGUGCCCCCGCCCCCCAACUCCCUUACAGCUACACAAACAGUCUCGAAAAUGGAGGUCAAGUUCAGUCAAUAUUGUUCAUCACCAUGACCUCAAAUCAAAUGACUCGCAAUCCUCAAAAUGUCUUCCAUUCAGAACCAACACAGAAUAUGCAAUAUGCAAAUCAUUGCACAAUGAUCUGGCAAACACACACAAAUACAUAAGUGUUGUUGUAUAAACAAAACUAUUCACCAUGGAUUCACAUUUCACAUUUUCUAUUGUCGCAUAAAUGAAAUGACCAACCUUGAAAAUGGACUAUUUAUGCUUUUAGCAGCUUCUAAAUCUGCAUGAAGACAAUUUAACACCCUUGUAACUGACGCGCAUUUUUAUUUCAAAUCGUGUCAGUGGAUUUUUGAACCAAAAUGAAAUAAAUUCAAUUUUCAACGACAGCAAUUUAGUUUAGCGAGCUUCACUAUUAGCACUGGCAAUGGACGAACCAUGCUAGCGCCGUGAUUAGCUACGUGCUAAUCGUCAUUUUGCAAGCGUUUCACUUACUUUCGGCACAGUAUAAAAAGACAUCUGACAGUGGUGUUAAACAUUCAACAACACUUCCAUA